GACUACAGAACAUUUGCCAUAGGUGACAUCAUGGAAGGUGUAGCUUAUAACCAAACUGAACCUCAUUUGCCUUUUAACUGGAAACUGCAAGAAUACAGCCUACCUGCGCUUAUUUAUUACAGCAUUGUACUACCCAUUGGACUACUGGUCAAUAUCACCGCUUUAUGGGUUUUUAGCUGCACUACUAAAAAACGUACAACGAUCACAGUGUAUAUGAUGAAUGUGGCACUGCUCGAUUUGAUGUUCUUACUCUUUGUCCCUUUCUUCAUCAUUUAUUAUGUAAAAAAGUACUGGCUUUUUGGAGAUAUAUUUUGCCGGAUUCUGGGAGUACUCACUAUUUUUUACCCCAGUGUUACCCUGUGGCUCCUUGCUUUUAUCAGUGCUGACCGAUACAUGGCAAUCGUGCAACCUAAACAAAUUAAAGAGUUGAAGAACAUUUCCAAAGCAAUGGCUGCAUGCUUUGGAAUUUGGAUAAUGACAUUAGUGACUACAACUCCUUUGCUCUUUAUAUCUGACGAUCAAGACAAAGAGCUUAAUUUUACCACUUGUUACAAAAUGUUGGACAUCGUCCACUUUAAAAAAAACAACGUCUUGAACUUUGCUCGUCUAAUUUUCUUUUUCUUGAUCCCACUGCUGAUCAUGAUAGGCUGUUACACCAUUAUCAUUUACAGUCUUUUAAGUGGAAGGACAUCUCGACUCAAGCCCAAAGCAAAGAAUAAAUCAAUACGGAUAAUUGUUACGUUGAUGGUGCAGGUGCUGGUGUGCUUUGUGCCAUUCCACGUUUGUCUUCUGUUACUCAUUACCCAUGAUGAACAAGAACACUACUUAUUAUGGGGAAAUGUGUCUACUUUUCUAAUGUAUCUGAGCACCUGCCUGGAUGUUAUUCUAUAUUACAUUGUGUCCAAGCAAUUCCAGGCUAGGGUUCUAAGUGUUAUACUCUAUCGCAACUAUUUGCGAAGCGUAAGGAGGAAAAGUGUCCGAAGUGGCAGUAUUCACUCCUUAAGCAAUAUUAACAGUGAAAUGAUAUAAUGUUUUUUUUUUUUUUUACAGUGAAUUUUGGAUUCACAACUCAAAGCAAAUGCAACUUUAUGAAAGUGAAAGGAUUCCUGUAGAUUUGUCCACAUAGAAAUAAUUAAUUUCAAUCAUAA